AACUAUGGCUCGUCGUAAUGCUCGCAACCGUCAGCCUACUCCGUCUCCACCUCCGUCCCCAUCCCCAUCUCCACCUCACCAGCAGGCUCCCAAUCCGGCUGGGACUCAUCUCAACGUUGUGAUUCAGUUUCGCCAGUUGACCCCGCUGAUUUUCACCGGGGUCGAAGGGCCCGAAGCCGUGGCAGAGUGGAUCCGUCAAUUAGAGCAGAAUUUCGAUUUGCUGCAGUGCACCGACGCCCAGAAG